UAGUACUUUAUUGGGCCUUAGUUGGGGACUUGUCUACAGUAAAGCUUGGUGCAAUUCUAGAGAGCUGACAAUUUUUUUCAAGCAAGGAAAAGGAUCAGUCCUGCAAGUCACCAAUGACUGGACGUCACUCAGUUUGAGAGAUACGAGUACAAAGGGGAAUUGAGAAUUAUAGCAUGUAGGGAUGAGACCCUAAUUUGAGGGGACAGAACCUAUAAUUAGCCCAUUAAUGAGUAUAAAUAUCUAAACUAAAAUACAACAAGAGGACAUUGUCAAAGUAAAAGAAGUUGAACAUGAUAUAGAAGUGACCAUUUAAAAGUACCAGUUAGCCUUUAAUCUAGAGGGUCAGGUAAGUUUCUCUUUGACCCUGUGAUCUUAACCCUCCAUAGAACACAGCUGAAUACAUAUGAAGAAGAGAAAUAGACCAUAGAUAUAAUUUACACAUUGGUGUUAUACAGGACCAUCUCUGUUUGCUUGACUGCCAGUCAUUACCUACUCACUUGGUCAAGCCGUAGUGGACAUUGCUGUAUAUAUACUAGUAUAUGUAUCUGUAUGAACACAGGAGAUUGUCAGUGACAGGAAGAUAUAUAUACCAGCAAGUCUGGGUGUCAGCAACAGGAGACUGCUCCAAUGGCACAAUUGUCGUAAUAUUCCGUACCAUGUUGCUAUUUUAGUGUAAAGACAAUGAUGUCCUUGAGGGGAGGAUUACAGACACGUAGGUAACACGCUUGCAGUACAAGAUACUGUGUGUGGAGUUCAGUGUGUUGUACUCAGAGAGACAGGUUCACCCUUUGGAUAUUGUGUGUGGUUUAAGUUUUAACAAGUGGCUGGAAGGAUCAGAGAAGAAAAUGCUGGACUUGACUGGAAGUGCUGUUGCUAUGGAUGUGGGUAGAUAGGAUUAGUAUAGAGGCACUGGUGUUCUACAUAUAUUGUAACCUGAGCUCUUUUGGAGACUGUGUGUGCAUUGGUUUUUGGAUAGUGACAUUGUAAAUGUCAGUUCUGUCACUUGUCAGCUGUCACCUUUAUUUCUUUGCACCUGGGGAGCUGUGAUUUGAUACUGUAUGUAUUGACUUAGACUACUGACUGUGCAUGAACAGGUUUCUUGUGGAUUUAAAGAUUAGGUGUAGUUUAUGAUGGACAAAAACAAGUCAAUUUAGACAUAUUGCACAGGUAUUUGCCUUAUCAAGUCAGUGAUGUGGACAGAUUGCCAAACUACUUUUUGAGUUGAAGUUGAGCAAUUGUGACAGCUUACUUAAAUGGGUGAAUUAGUUCUUAAAUAUUGACUAUCUUGAGGAGCAGGCACCAGCACACCCACAUUGUGGCUUUUAAUCUGUCACUGGGAUGAUUCUUCAAUUACUGGUAGACAUGAACAUGAACUCAAAUCAUCAUGACGUCUUUUAUGUUGUUUAAGAUCCACCUUACCUUCAGAUGUCAAAAGUCACUGCAAGAGUAACACCGUGACUUUUUAAUUUUGGGACUUUGCACUUGGGGGAUCAAGUGUAACAUGUUGUGAUUACCUCAGACAUUUUACUCACAGCUGGAAAACCUGUUUAAUUACUUGUGAACUUGCUUGCAGUCCAGAUAUUUUUUUCCUCAUAUCUUUGACAUACAGAUUCUCACUGAUGCCAGCUAAUGAAUUUUACAUUUAAAAUUACUUAAACACCUUUUAAGUGACAUAUAGGAUGUCAUAGUAAUUUAUUUAAAUGUUAUGAGAUAAGAUAACAUUAUAUUCUGGCAAUCUUUCCUUCAAGAGUGACCUAGAAUCCUUCCCAGGACAUUUUGACUUUUCCAUUUUGAACAAUUGACAAAAAUAUUUUCAUCAGUUCACCAGCUGGUGUACCGCUGCUGACAUGUGGAGGACAUAGAAAAAAAGAAAGUGUACAAAAAAAAAAAAAAAGAGAGGGAGAGGAAACCAAUCACACUUUUAUAUUUGAGGAAGGAGGCACAUUACCUAACAGCUUUUAUCAUUUCCAGACAUUGCAGGAAAAAGGAUUUUUGCUUCAUUUCCACUGUUCUUAGGUCUUCAAAUAUCUCCGCUCAGGAAACAUGGAGUCCUUACCCAAAGCCCGUUCUUAUAUGAAUAGUAAAGAGAAUAUUGUUCUUGUUCCUAAUGCUAGUUUUGGGAAGAGGAAGUUCAUCCAGUUUUCCGUCAUGAAUCGUCAGACCAGUUUUGCGCGCUGGGUGCAGGGCCAGAAAGAAAACCAGUCUCACAGUAGAAACAUGAACAAGCAGUGGGUUCAUCCUCCAGAAGCUCUCCUCAGAGGACAUAUAGUCUACAAUGUCAAAUAUCUUGGAGGAUGUGGAGUGGAAACAGCCAAGGGGUCUGAUGUAGUCAAGGAUGCAAUUAGGAAAAUGAAGUUCAACAAACAGUUAAAGAAGUCAGAAGGCAUCAAGCCGGCCAAGGUGGAGCUGACAAUAUCCGUGGACGGGGUAACCAUUCAGGAUCCUAAAACCAAAAUUAUCAAGCACCAGUAUCCUCUGCAUCGUAUCUCUUACUGCGCAGAUGACAAGUCAGACAAGAGGAUGUUCACCUUCAUUGCCAAGGAGGCGGACUCACAGGAUCACACCUGUCACGUGUUUGACAGUGAGAAAUGUUCUGAAGAGAUCACUCUGACAGUGGGUCAAGCAUUUGACCUUGCCUACAGAAAAUUUCUGGAGUCUUCAGGACGCGACAUGGAUCUCAAGAAACAGUUCUUGCUGCUGCAAAAGAAGGUCCAGGCACUGUCCCAUGAAAACCAGGAACUGAAGACCAGGAUCCAGGAACUGGAGGGCAUGAAGGACAGGGACGAGAUCCAGAGAUACAUGGAGCAGAACCAUAUACGCUCUCUUGGUGAGAUAACCCCAAGCCUUGUUUUCACAGAAGGAAAGUCCAAGCAUAAUGGGGAGACCAAUGCCGAGAACAACCACCGCGAGGUCCCCACGGUGGGCCGGAGACUGGAGGGGCUGAUAUUUGAAGAUGACUUUGUGCCUCAGACCAACGGCAGCGCUACUCCUAAUACUAGUCAGUCGUCCCCCAGUCAGUUACCAAUAUUGUCCCCACCCCCCAGCACUGGGAAGAGACCUCACCAUGGCACACCCACCUCACCAGCCAGUACUUCUAAUAACCAAGAUUUAUUGGGCUCCAACCCCUUCACCUCACCUAGCAACAAUGUAUCUGGUGGAGAGGAUCCAUUUGGUAUGGGGGCCUUCAACCCUAGCGCCAAGGACCUUGACCACGCUAUCAUGAAGGUUGACAAAGAACUGUUGGACUUACAGGCUGGCUUCAGUCAAGGAUUGUCCUUUGGCACACAUGACUUUAAUCUGGAUGAUCUAGACCCCUUGAACAAGAAGUAAAAUAUAACUGUAAAAGUUCUGUCUGCUUACAUUAUGCAUGCUGACAAUUCUAUCAGCAACAAAGACUUAAAAGGACUGCUGCUGUUGCAGUGCAUGAGAAUGGUUAUAUUGAAUGGGGUAACCUUGACCUUGAACACCUUAACAGGAGGCUGGUGACCUUGACCUCUGACCCAUUUACUGAUAUCAUGAACACUGACUUCUGCAUUAACCAAGAUUGAGGGCUGGGGAUGUUUAUCUUAACAUGGUCAAGAAAUAAAGUUGAUCCUAUUGCCAAUCAUGACAGACUGACCAGAUUUCUCACUUUGUCAUAAUGGCCUUCAGCGGAUGACCCACUGACCAUUAGUGACCUUGAACUUCAUGAACUUGACCUUGAUAAUCUUUCAGUAAAUAUAAGCAAGCAGAAAUUCAAAUCACAUAUCAACUGAAAUGAUGCUCAAGGUGUGUGAAAAUGAGACCAUUAGGAGGGAAGCGAGUGUCACCGUGAGGGAACCUCUCAGCAGUGUCACAUUAAGACAGACUACGUGGGUGCAGUUGACUUCAGAGACUUGGAGAUGCCCCCUGCUGUAACCUUGUACCUCCAUUGUUUACUUUUGAUAGGAGAUAUAACAGAAAUGUAAACACUUGUCCAAUGCACUUACUUCAGAGGAUAUUUGAGUAUUAUAAUUUCUACAUUAAUCAAACCAUAAGCAGUAUGUGUUGUAGUCAUUCUGUACAUUGCAUAGUAUGACAUCCUAUAAAAUAUCCACUUAAUAUAUUAAUAUUGUCUGCAUAGAGAAAAUCUGCAUAUAUUUUUGUGGAAUAUGUAACCUAGAGCGUAAUUAGUAAUAGGCUGCAUUC